AUGCCUCCAUCGAUAUCUUCAGGCUCAGUUGGAGCGAUAACACGCCUGAGAUGUCCGAAUCUUACCCUCAAUCCCCGUUCCUUUAGCACAACGACCUCCCUAUCUUCAAUCGGACCAGAAAACCCCAGGUUUAUCGAAAUUCCUACCUCAGCACAACCUCAAGCACCCCCAAGAAGAGUAAUUAAAGGUGUCCUUCCGAUACCCAGAAAUAUCUUCCGGAAGAGCGAUGCGACCAAAAUCACACCACAAUACCUUGCUGCCACGAGCCCAAAGGCGAAACACAAGAAAGAACCACAAGAUGAUCACGUUGCUUGGAAACGAAAGAUGGCGGCUGCAAGGCGGAAGAAUCUUCAGGAAGGAUUGCUGUCAUUACACGCGAGGAAGCUGAAAUCGGACCGUAUGCUGCUGCACAAGAGCACCAUAAAACAGAAAUUGCGCGCCGAGAGAUUCAAUGCACCACAGAGAGAGGACGAACGAUUGACAAAUCCAACAAUCACAAAAGCUAUGAGCCAACUUCAAGUAGGGCACAUCAAUGACGCCAGGCGCGAGGAGAGGAUCGAGGAGAUGAAAGCCAGAGUCGCCAAGAAAGAAGCGAUCCGAGAAGAGGAGAGACAAAAUGCGUUGCAUACAUUGUACAUGCACGCUCGAAGCUUCAUUGUUAAUGAGCAACAGCUGGACGCCAGGAUUGAGGAGAUAUUUACUGAGAAACCAUUCUUCGGCUCUCAAGGAAACAACAUCUGGGAUGCACAGGGACAACCAAAAUCCGUGCAGGAGAUGUUGGCGGAAAUCAACAAAACCCAGAAGAAUGUGGUAGACAGAUAUGCAGGACCUGCGAUCAUUACUGGGAAGAGGAUGCAGAAGAUUGCCGAGGAGUUGACGGGUGGAAAGAUGGAGUGA